GUCAAGAUUACCCGGAACAAUGAUAUGAGAAAUAGGGAAGGAAGGGAAAAGAAGACGGCCACGCAACAAUCCAAGAAUGACACCUUAGCAACGAGCACAUUUUCUGUGUUUUAUUUGAAACGGGCCUUGGAAUUUGAACUAGGCACAAGCUGUUAUUUCUUGUUCUAGUCUACUGUUAAAUGUCCCAUGGCAUGUAACAUGGCAUUAGGUUUGAUAGGACUCCGCAGUGGCCACAACCUAGGAACACAGCUCUGCAAGUGAAAACCGCACAGGGUGCUGACCUACACCACACCUCCACAGUGACCCCUCAGUGCAGGGAUGGCGCCGCGGCCAUGAGGUGGACGGACCCGAUGGCCUUGCUCGGCCGGCGAUGGGGGAGACGGCGGCAGGAGCAGGACAGCACCGUGCGGACGCUGGUGUCCAACCUGCCCUACGAGGACCUGAAGAAGAAAGAGCAGCCCAAUCGGCAGUACAAAGGCAACGCCGUCAAGACCACCAAGUACACCCUGUGGUCGUUCGUCCCCAAGAACCUCUACGAGCAGUUCCACCGCGUGGCCAACAUCUACUUCGUUGGCCUGGCUGUGCUCAACUUCGUGCCGGUGGUGAACGCCUUCCAGCCGGAGGUGGCCCUCAUCCCUAUCUGUGUCAUCUUGGCACUCACCGCCAUCAAGGACGGCUGGGAGGACUUCAGGAGGUACCAGACUGACCAGAAGCUCAACAAUCUGCCAUGCUCCGUCUACAGCAGGAGAGAGAUGGGCUUCAUGGAGCGCCGCUGGAAGGACAUGCGGGUGGGUGACUUUGUCAAGGUGGUCUCCAACGAGACCAUCCCCGCUGACAUCCUCCUCCUCCACACGUCCGACCCCAACGGCGUGUGUCUGAUGGAGACAUCCAACCUGGACGGGGAGACCAACCUGAAGCAGCGGAAAGUGGUGCCAGGCUUCCCAGCGCCGGAUUCUCCUUUUAAGCCUGCUGGCUUCAAAAGCACAGUAGUCUGUGAGAAACCAAACAAUGACCUCAAUCAUUUCAGUGGUUACAUAGAGAAGCCUGAUAAGAGGAAACUGGGCUUUGGAAUUGAUAGUCUUUUAUUACGUGGAUGCACUAUACGCAAUACAGACGAGGCUACGGGGAUUGUGGUCUAUGCAGGCCACGAGACCAAGUCGAUGCUCAACAACAGCGGCGCCAGGAACAAGCGGAGCAAGCUGGAGCGGAAGCUGAACUCUGACGUGCUGUACUGCGUGCUGCUGCUAUUCACCCUGUGUCUCGUCGGAGCCCUCGGUCAUACUAUCUGGCUGGAGUCGUUCUCCAGUGUUCCUCCGUACUUGGUUCCUGACAGUGACGGCCAUUUCAUCCCCUCCACCGUGGCAGGCUUCUACAUGUUCUUCACCAUGAUCAUCCUGCUGCAGGUACUGAUCCCCAUCUCACUGUACGUGUCCAUUGAGCUGGUGAAGAUGGGCCAGGUGUUCUUCAUCUCGCAUGACGUCGACCUGUACGACCAGGAGACAGACACCCGUGUCCAGUGCCAGACGCUCAACAUCACAGAGGACCUGGGUCAGAUCCAGUACGUCUUCUCCGACAAGACCGGCACACUGACCGAGAACAAGAUGGUGUUCCGCCGCUGCACCAUCAUGGCCACUGAGUACUCACACAGUGAGAACGCUGCCCGGCUGGCCGUCCUCAGCGAGACGGAGGCGACGGGCGACGAGGUGACCCUGUUCCAGCAGCGGCAGAAGCAGCCCUCGCUCUUCGCCGAGGAGGAGGAGGAGGAGGAGGAGGAGAAGGGCUCCGGGGAGGGCCGCCCAGAGGCCACCAGACGCUCUCAUGGCGCCAAGGCGGAUGUUGGCAGCAACCAGAGGUCGAAGGUCAACGCGGCGGGGGCUCACGGAGACCUGGCCUUCAGCAGCCCCCUGGAGACGGUGGUCGUCCCAGACAGCAAGCUCCAGCAGGAGGUCCUGGAGGCUGAGCGCCAGUGGGAGGAAGGGCCCCUCAACCAGGGCCCACACCUGGCGCCUACACCUGGCCCACACCUGGCGCCCACACCUGGCCCUCACCUGGCGCCCAUACCUGGCCCCGAGUGGAGCCCAUACCUGGACUUCCUUGUGGCCCUCGCCAUCUGCAACACGGUUCUGGUUUCCACAGCAACAGCCCAGAGACAGAGGGUCAUCAAAGGGCGUCACAAUUCCUGCGCACCUCAGACUCUUGGGGGGCGUCUGCGUGGCUUGCUGAAGAAGAUGCGGUCCCCACGGAGCAUGUUUAAAGUGUCCACUGGCAAACAGGAGCCCCUGGCAGACCCUUUCACCGCAGACGAGGAGCCCCCCGACAUUUUGCACACGCCCGACGUCUGCACCACUACCCCCGAGGGAGGGAGCCCCAAAACACAGCCCGAGGUGACCCCCCAUCAGGCCCAGAGACAGAGGCCCGAGCCGGGGCCAGCGUCACCCGACGCCGUGUGCUACGAGUCCCAGAGCCCCGACGAGGCGGCCCUGGUGCACGCGGCGAGGGCCUACGGCUUCACCCUCCUGGAGCGUACGCCGGACCGCGUGACCGUCCGCCUGCCCCGCGGCGCCCUUCUCACCUACGAGGUGAUCGACAUCCUGACUUUCGACUCCACCCGAAAGCGCAUGUCGGUGCUGGUGCGUCACCCGCGCACACGCGAGAUCCUCCUCUACACCAAAGGAGCCGACUCCGCUGUCAUGGAGCUGCUGGGCGAGCCUGCUGGCGAGAGCGUGUCUCAGCGUGAGCUCAGGAAGCGUGUCUGCAGUAGCACACAGAGACAUCUGGACAUGUAUGCCCGAGAUGGGCUGCGCACUCUGUGCUUUGCCAAAAAGGUUGUAAGUCAGAAGGAGUACGAAGACUGGUCAUUGGUAAGACAGCAAGCGAUAUCAGCCAUCGAGAACAGAGAGGAGCUUCUUAUGGACACUGCUGUGCAGCUGGAGACGAGCCUAACUCUGAUAGGAGCCACAGGAAUUGAAGAUCGUCUCCAGGAGAAUGUUCCAGAAACCAUCGAAGCCCUGCGGGAGGCUGGCAUGCAGGUCUGGGUGCUGACCGGGGACAAGCCCGAGACAGCCGUCAACAUCGCCUACUCCUGCAAGCUGCUGGACCACAGAGACCUGGUGUUCACUCUCAACACAGACAACAAGGCCGUGUGCAGGUCCACCCUGGAGUGCACACUGGAGGAGGUGAGGAGGUACGGGCCGGACGCGGACUGCAGGGGCUUUGCUGAGACUUUCGGGGGCCAGGGGUCCAUGGGCCUGGGCGAGGACCCCACCAUUGGCCUGAUGAUUGACGGACGGACGCUUGGCAUGGUGCUUGAGGAGGAGGACCUGAGGUCAAAGUUUGUGGAGUUGUGCCGCCGCUGCCGCUCGGUGCUUUGUUGCCGGGUGACGCCCCUGCAGAAGAGCACCGUGGUCAAGCUGGUGCGCGACAAGCUUCAGGUCAUGACCCUUGCCAUCGGUGACGGAGCGAAUGAUGUGAACAUGAUCCAGGCUGCUGACGUUGGUAUCGGAAUAUCUGGUCAAGAGGGGAUGCAGGCUGUCAUGGCCAGCGACUUUGCGAUUUCUCGCUUCAAACACUUGAGGAAGCUACUUCUGGUUCAUGGGCACUGGUGCUAUUCCAGACUGUCAAACAUGGUCAUCUACUUCUUCUACAAGAACUUGGCGUACGUGGCCCUGCUGUUCUGGUACCAGUUCUACUGCGGGUUCUCUGGCACGGCCAUGAUCGACUACUGGCUCAUGAUCUUUUUCAACCUCUUCUUCACCUCUGUGCCCCCAAUCAUGCACGGCAUCAUGGACCAAGACGUCUCCGCGACAACCUUGCUCUCCAUCCCUGAGCUGUACAAGAUUGGUCAGCACUCUGCGGGGUACAGACGCUCCGCCUUUUGGAUCGGCAUGUCGGAUGCCUUUUAUCAGAGCCUGGUCUGCUUCUUCAUCCCAUAUUUGACCUACCAGGGCUCUGACAUCGACAUCUUCGCAUUCGGAAACCCAAUAAAUACAGUGUCUCUGUUUACUAUAAUCCUUCAUCUAGCCAUAGAGAUAAAUGCAUGGACGGUGGUGCACUGGGUAGUGAUGGUGGGCAGUGUGCUGCUGUACUUUGGCGUGACGCUGGCCUACAGUGCCAUCUGCGUGACCUGCAACCCUCCGUCCAACCCCUACUGGAUCAUGCAGCAGCAAAUGGCCGACCCCAUGUUCUACCUCACGUGCCUCAUCACCAUCGUCGUGGCUCUGCUGCCCAAGUACAUAGUGCAGGUUCUAAGGGGAACGCUGGCGCCCUCCCCUCUGUUGUUCGCUCGGCAGCUGGACCGCAUGCCCCCCUCCCUGGAGGAGCCAAUCCCGAUCAACGCCUCGGCAGCCCCGAACGACCCUCGUUUCACCCUCUCCUCGCCCUCACCCCCACCCUCACCCACACUGGCAUAGCCCCACCACACCCCAGCCCCAUCGGCACCCAGCUUCUCCAAAAAAACUGUGACAGGACUGGGCAUCAGCCGUCAGGAAGAGGGGCGCCAUCCCGGAGGACAUCUCUCUGGGGUGUGGGAGAGCCCCAGGGGGACACGGAGAAGAAGUGAAAGAAUGGGAGAGGAAACACGCUGAGCGUUAUUUUCGUAUGACUUCAUUUUUGUUGUUGUUGUCUGGUAAAUAUAGAAUUGCUUUUAAUGUUUUGUACACAGGGAAAGAUGCUUUUGAAGGAUAUCUGAGCUACACUGCACAUACCACCAGCGACAACUACAAAUACGGCUUUUUUUUUUUUUUGGACAAGGAGGCAAAAAAUAUUUAUGUGUAAAGAUGAAUUUAAUUCCUGUGCCUUGUGCCAGUUUGCUGCAGCUGACACUCCAUUUUAAAUGGAGUAUCCUGUUGUAUAUGUUUUAAUGUUCUAGUCUUCCUGGAUAAAAGCAUUACAGGAAACCUGUUACUUCCUUAAGGCUUUUUCAGAAGCCACCAGUAGCUUUCAAAGCACUGAAAAAAAACAGAUCUGUCUCCAUUGAUCGAUUCAACUCAUUGCUGACACAUAAGAAAAACUUGAACAGGAAAUGCUUGGCAGAGGCAUUAGCCAUAUCCAUCUUCCUCACUUACAGCGCUCCUUCUCUUCCCUCGGCAACAUGCAGAGCCAAUUUGUAUUCACUGGGGCUCCAAGCAGCUCAGGAAAUAAUUGCGGUUUGCAGAUGUUACGUAAUGUUCUGGUAUUUUUGGUUCAUGUAUCCAUAUUGAGAGCAUGUUGCGCGGGAUGGUGACAGACCAUCAACCCCCCCCCCCUCCCUUCAA